AUGCCGCUCAUUCACCGGCAAACCCUCGACGACGACGUCGUCGUCCCGGCGCACUACGGCGGCUGGUCGCCCCUUAGCUCCGGCGCCAUCGUAGGCAUCACCCUCGGCGCCGUCGCCGGUUUUCUCCUUAUCCUUUGGAUGAUCUACACCUGCCUCAACUUCGGGCGACCGGUCGAAAACUCGUCUUCUUCAGUAUACACCGGCACCGCGACGUCGGUGCUCUCUGUGCGCUCGCGAAGCCGCCAUCGUCACCGCAAACACCGCAGCCCGGCGCGCGGGCCGAGGAUUAUCGCGACGGAGGAGGUGCGGGUUCGGGAGAGGGAGAGCGUGAGCAGGAGCCGACCGCCGCCGGGACCGGUCAUUGUCGAUGCGGAGCCGCCGAUGCGGGAGCGUAGGGCUAGUCGGGGCCCACCACCGCCGAGAUUCGUGCCGGAUGACGACGAGGAUGAGGUCGUCGUGAUUGAGGAGCAUACGCCCGAGAGGAGGAGGAGGUCAAGGCGGCACAGCGGCUCAGGGGGCCACAUUAAAGAGAUCAAGACGGUCAUCCGGGACCUGGUCCAGGGCUCGCCCGAGAAGCAGAAGAACGCCCUCUACUCACACUUCGCCGAGGAUGCUGCCUUCACUCACCCCUUCUGCCACGUCCCCUCUUUCGGCAACGUGCAGCUUCCCUUCCUCCCCGCCAUUAACUCGCGGUUCUUCAUCUUCUUGAUUUACCGUUGGUACCGCAUCUUGAGCCCUAAUAUCGAUAUGGAAAUUGAGUCCUCUGUCCAAGAUCAGAAGACAAACCUCCUUUACGUUAAAAUGAGCCAAGACUUCCGUCUCUGGUUCGUCCCCUUCUACCUAGCCCACGUCAAUUUCGUCGUCGUCCUCCAACUCGAGACCCGCCCCGUCGACGAUCAGGGCCGUCCCCUCCCGCGCAACCAGACCGACGCCUCCGCCGUUGGUGCCCGCCAACGUCAGUUCAUUGUCCACCAGGAGGACCACUACCAGGUCGGCGAAUGGCUCAAGUUCCUCGUCCCCUUCUUCGGCUACUGGGCCUGGCACAUCUUCACCCUCUUCGCGACCCUGCUUUGUGCCGUUGGCGCGUUUAUCGGCUACCCCGUUACCUGGUUCUUCCAGCAGCAGGCUACGCCAAACGGCGCCGAGGUCAAUAAGCGUGAGUAG